AUGAAUAUCAAUCGACAAAAGAUUCGAUACCAUUAUUACAAAAACAUUUAAACGAAUUAAAAAAAACAAAAACCGAACAAUUUAUCAAAGAACCACAAACAAAACAACGAACUGAUGCAAAAAAAUGGUUUCAAGAACAAUUUGGAGAAGCCAUGACAAUGAAAAUACGAAAUAAUUUAACAGAAUGUAAAACAAUUAUACAAUUAAGAGAUUUUAUAUCUAAUCGAAUAUUUCCAAAUUCAACAGAUAUUAAAGUUAAUAAAAAAUUAACAUCUAAACAAAAUCGAGUAGUUGAUGAUUUUGGACAACCGAUAGAUGCAGAUUACGCAACACUUAUAAAAGAAAGUAUUUUGUUAUGUCGUACAAAGUUUAAUGAUCCUUACAUGGCAUUCGCGAUAUUUGAACAAGUUAAACGUCGAGGUGCCAUAUCAUACGCACUUGGUUGUAAUGCACAA